CGUCGGUACCCAGGGAGUAGGCGUUUCCGGCCAUUCAUACUCCUAGGCUUUUUGGACUUGGGUGGUCGCGUUUUGUGCGCUAUCCGACCGAAAGAGUGCCGGCACUGCUAGGAUGAAGCUCGUAAGAUUUUUGAUGAAAUUGAGUCAUGAAACUGUAACCAUUGAAUUAAAGAAUGGAACACAGGUCCAUGGAACAAUCACAGGUGUAGAUGUCAGCAUGAAUACACAUCUUAAAGCAGUGAAAAUGACUUUGAAGAAUAGAGAACCAGUACAACUGGAAACACUGAGUAUUCGAGGAAAUAACAUUCGAUAUUUUAUUCUGCCAGACAGCUUACCUCUGGAUACACUACUUGUGGAUGUUGAACCGAAGGUGAAAUCUAAGAAAAGGGAAGCUGUUGCAGGAAGAGGCCGAGGCCGAGGAAGAGGAAGAGGACGUGGUCGGGGUAGAGGAAGAGGGGGUCCUAGGCGAUAAUGUCUCUCAAGAUUACUAUUUCAAAGUGAUACGUGAUUUGGAAUAUUUUUUGUACAGGCUUUGUUUAUGUCAGUUUUUAAUAAACAUAAAUGUAGGA